GCCCGGCGGGGCGGGGGGCCCUGAGCGGCCGGGGGCGGCCGGGGCCGCCGUUCUCCGCCAUGCGCCGCUCCCAGGGCCGGGUUGGGGCGGGGGCGGGCGGCGGCCCCGCCGCUACCGGGCAGGCGCGAGCGCUCCCGGGCGCCUCCCCGAGCCCCCGGCUCCGGUACCUGCUGGGCUGCCGGUACAACCCCCCCAGCCCGCAGCGGCGCAGCAUCCCUGCGCAUCCCGUUACCACGGCAACAGCGGGGACGGCGCUGGGACCAGCCGUGGACCCCCCCCCCGUGUCACCCUCGUGGGCUCGGGCCAGGUGCCACGGCCACUGGUGUCCCCACGGCAGUGUGACCCCCCCACGGAGGGACCCUCGCCCCCCUGUGCCCCCCGGAGGUCGGGCGGGGGUCCCAGGGGGGGCCACCCCCGGAGGUGUCCCUGCUGCCACCCCGGGGCUGUGACAGUCCCGGAGGUGACUCUGUCCCGGCCUGGCGGGGGACAGCGCUGCCCCCUCCAGUGCCCCCUUGUCCCCUCCAGUGUCCCCCACUGUCCCCAAGGAAGGGACCGCGCCUCCCCAUGGCUCUGAUGUCCCACUCUGCCGGGGGGGGUGACAACACGGGGUCACGGUGGGUCCGAUCCUCGCGCCAGAACAUCGUGACCCUGUCUGUGUCCCCCCCCGUGUCCCCUCCGUGUCUGUGUCACCCUCCCUGUCCCCUCCCUGUCCCCUCCGUGUCUGUGUCCCCCUCCCUGUCCCCUCCCUGUCCCCCUCCCUGUCCCCUCCCUGUCCCCAAAGCUGCUGCGGCCCCACGGUGGGACCGGGGGGGGUUAAACAGGAGCAGGAGCCCCCCGGGGGUGGGAGGGGGCUCAGGGCACGAUUUGGGGGGGGGUCCGUGCCCCCUCCAUCGCUCUGUGGGUACCACAGCGGGCGCUUGGCAACGCGGCAUCCCCCGGCUUCCCGUUGCCA